CACAAGAUGGCGGCGCGGGGCGCCCCGCUUUUUCCUGUGUGAGAGAACACGAGGGACUGCGUGCCGCUGCGUUCCAGGUAACUCUGCGAGCCUGUCGGGCGCGUGCUGCUGUGCUGCUGUCCCGGGCCAGCUCGAGCCUCAGUUUCGGCGUGCAGUGGAGUUCCGCGUGAGUCCGCGAGAAGGCAGAAGCGGAGCCCCGGCGGGUGCGAUGGCCGCGGUGGUGGCCAAGCGGGAAGGGCCGCCGUUCAUCAGCGAGGCAGCCGUGCGAGGCAACGCCGCGGUCCUGGAUUACUGCCGGACCUCAGUGUCAGCGCUGUCGGGGGCCACAGCCGGCAUCCUCGGCCUCACCGGCCUCUACGGCUUCAUCUUCUACCUGCUUGCCUCCGUCCUGCUCUCCCUGCUCCUAAUUCUCAAAGCGGGAAGGAGGUGGAACAAGUAUUUUAAGUCACGAAGACCUCUCUUUACGGGAGGCCUCAUCGGAGGCCUCUUCACCUACGUCCUCUUUUGGACAUUCCUCUAUGGCAUGGUGCACGUCUACUGAAAUGAGGGCAGGGGUGACUUUAAAACAGAUUGGCAAGACUCUUGCCAGAAUUAACACCGUGUAGACUUACUUAGUUUUUAAAUUGUUCGAAUUCGCUGCUUGUUGUGUACUGUUAUAAUUUAUAUCUGAAGUCAGAGAGCCUGUAAUAUUAUUCUUCAGAUUAAAUGAAGUGUGACCCCUUGUCGUUCUUUCCAACCUUGAUGCUUAGCCAAGCUUUGAAGUCGCCAAGAUUUGCUCCCUGGAGAGCAGGUACUAGGCCACAGCCUGUACAUUUUUUUUGGAUUUACACCUAGUAAGUUCAAAGAGAUCUGUAGGGUGGACAUGAGAGAAUUUAACGUUAGCAUCUUAAGAACUGAUAACAAUUCGUGUUACUAAGCUUUCUUUUCGGGCAUUGUGUGUUUUAAUUCUAGCAAUAACAAUGGAGAUGUUACUGUUAACUUUCUGUUAAUGAAGAAACUGAAGCACAGAAAGGUGGUCUUUACCGGAGGUGGCUCAACUGGGAGGGUGCAGGAGCGAGACCCAGUUACAAAUCUGGUUGCUUAUGCUGGAUUGGAUGGGAGUACUUUUCUCGCAUCCCCUACCUCUAAUCACUGCUUCUCCAGUAUGAGUGAAGUCGGUUAAGUUCCAGUUACACGUGGUCUCAGCUAGUCGCCUUUCCUGUAACAAAAAAAUGCAAGCUAUUUUUCUAAAACAUGUCCUAUGAGAUUAAAUAGGUUAUUUGGACAUUUA